CUUUUCCCUUGUCGAUUCGCACUCCCAAUCCCAAUCGCAGUCCUUUCCAUACUAUUUCACAAACCAAACAAACCCUAACUUCAAUUUGGACUUUAAUGGCCUUUAGAGAUGGGCCCAAAUUCAGUAAAUGUAAUUAGUUUUGUAUACAGUACCAAUCCAUGGACUCUACCUUCAGUCAACCACUGCUCCCAUCUUCACCAUCAUUUCCUUGUUCUGCAAUUGGAAUUCGAUUCGCCAUUAAAGAAAUUCGUUAAACCUCGUCAAGGUCAACCAUCUCUUCACUUCACAACAAUGGACUCUACCAUUCCGGACCAGAUUGCUGACAUUCCAAACCCAACUCAGAUCUUCAUCCUGUCCGGGCAGAGUAACAUGGCAGGCCGAGGUGGUGUGUCCAAACACCAACACUGGGAUGGAGUGGUCCCAUCCGACUGCCAAUCUCACCCCUCCAUCCUCCGUCUCAGCGCCAAGCUCCAUUGGGAGCUGGCGCGCGAGCCACUCCACGCCGACAUCGACACUAAGAAAGUGUGUGGGGUUGGACCGGGGAUGUCUUUCGCCAAUGUGGUGAGAGAGCGCGUGGGCGGAGAGAACGUGGUGGGGUUGGUGCCGUGUGCGGUGGGGGGAACCGCAAUCAGAGAGUGGGCGCGUGGGGAGAAAUUGUACGAGAACAUGGUGACUAGGAGUAAAGAGAGUCUAAAGAGCGGUGGAGAAAUCAAGUGUUUGUUGUGGUACCAAGGAGAAAGUGACACGUCAACUCAGCAUGAUGCUGAUGCGUACCAGAGGAACAUGGAGACGUUGAUUCAUAAUGUGAGGGAAGAUCUGGGUUUGCCUUCACUUCCAAUAAUUCAGGUGGCAAUAGCAUCAGGGGAUAAAAGGUACAUGAAGAAAAUUAGGGAAGCACAAAUGGGGAUAAAUCUUCCAAAUGUUGUGUGUGUUGAUGCCAGGGGAUUGGAGCUCAAAGAAGAUCACCUUCACCUGACUACAGGAGCACAGGUGAAGUUGGGUCACAUUCUUGGUGAGGCAUACUUCAAGCAUUUUGCAGGCUCGGCUCAAUCUUCGAAAUGUUGAACAGAGUCUGCAUGGAAAGAAGAAGCUAAGCUUUACUUAUCAAAUAAGAGCUCAACAUGAGUGUGGCCAUUCAAACUUGAGAAGUGAACAAGAAGCCUUCUUUCUGCUAUUGUUUUGAUUUUAUGCAGAAACAAAGUACUGUUUUUAAAUGAAAAUAUUCAAGAAUAUUUAGGUAUCAAUAAUGCUCUAGUUAGGAGUAAGGACCUCCUUACUAGAGAAUUAUUUUUUAGGUAUAUUUGUUGUACCUAUUGUAGGAUUUAAGUUAGUGGAUAUGAAUAAAUAACACUUCCUGAAUA